AGUAGCCGGACCCCGAGCGCACAGACCGACAGCGCGUCCGUCAGCCGGUCCGUCCGGCUGUCCGCCGCCCGGUGCCCGUCGCCCGCGCGUGCUUCAGUCCUUCCUCUUCCGUCCCGCCGUGUGUGUGUGUGUGUGUGUGUGUGUGUGCGUGCGUGCGUGUGCGUGGUGGAGGGGGAAGCUCGAACGGCGGCCAAGAGGCGCUCAUCAUGGCGACGUUCAUCUCAGUACAGCUGAAAAAGACCUCGGAGGUGGACCUGGCCAAGCCGCUGGUCAAGUUCAUCCAGCAGACCUACCCGAGCGGCGGGGACGAGCAGGCCCAGUACUGCCGCGCGGCCGAGGAGCUGAGCAAACUGCGGCGGGCCGCGCUCGGCCGCCCGCUGGACAAGCACGAGGGCGCGCUGGAGACGCUGCUGAGAUAUUAUGAUCAGAUUUGUUCCAUUGAACCCAAAUUCCCAUUUUCUGAGAAUCAGAUUUGCUUGACAUUUACCUGGAAGGAUGCUUUUGAUAAAGGUUCACUUUUUGGAGGUUCUGUAAAAUUGGCUCUUGCAAGCUUAGGAUAUGAAAAGAGCUGUGUGUUGUUCAAUUGUGCGGCCUUAGCUAGCCAGAUUGCCGCAGAGCAGAACCUGGAUAAUGACGAAGGACUGAAAAUCGCUGCUAAGCAUUAUCAGUUUGCUAGUGGUGCCUUUUUACAUAUUAAAGAGACGGUGUUAUCAGCCUUAAAUCGCGAGCCUACUGUGGACCUAUCACCAGAUACUGUUGGGACCCUCAGUGUCAUUAUGUUGGCACAGGCCCAAGAAGUAUUUUUUUUAAAAGCGACAAGAGAUAAGAUGAAAGAUGCCAUCAUAGCUAAGCUGGCCAACCAGGCUGCGGAUUAUUUUGGUGAUGCCUUCAAGCAAUGUCAGUACAAGGACACUCUCCCCAAGUAUUUUUAUUUCCAGGAGGUGUUCCCUGUCCUGGCUGCCAAGCACUGUAUCAUGCAGGCCAAUGCUGAGUACCACCAGUCCAUCCUGGCCAAACAGCAGAAGAAAUUUGGAGAAGAAAUUGCAAGGUUGCAGCAUGCAGCAGAACUGAUUAAGACAGUGGCAUCUCGCUAUGAUGAGUAUGUGAGUGUAAAAGAUUUUUCUGACAAAAUCAACCGUGCCCUUACUGCAGCAAAGAAGGAUAAUGACUUCAUCUAUCAUGACCGAGUGCCAGACCUCAAAGAUCUAGAUCCCAUUGGCAAAGCCACGCUUGUGAAAUCCACGCCCGUCAAUGUGCCUAUCAGCCAAAAAUUCACUGAUCUGUUUGAGAAGAUGGUUCCUGUUUCGGUGCAGCAGUCUCUGGCUGCCUACAACCAGAGGAAGGCUGAUUUGGUUAACAGAUCAAUUGCUCAAAUGAGAGAAGCCACAACUUUGGCAAAUGGUGUAUUGGCUUCACUGAAUCUUCCAGCAGCGAUUGAAGACGUGUCUGGAGACACUGUGCCUCAGUCUAUCCUGACCAAGUCCACGUCUGUGAUUGAGCAGGGAGGCAUCCAGACCGUCGAUAAGCUGAUCAGAGAACUGCCUGAACUACUGCAGAGAAAUAGAGAAAUCCUAGACGAGUCAUUAAGACUACUGGAUGAAGAAGAAGCCACGGACAAGGAUUUGAGAGCCAAGUUCAAGGAGCGCUGGCAGAGGACGCCGUCCAGUGAGCUGUAUAAGCCCUUGAGGGCGGAGGGAAACAACUUCCGAGCAGUGUUAGACAAAGCUGUGCAAGCUGACGGACAAGUGAAAGAACGCUACCAGGCUCACCGCGACACCAUCGCACUCCUGUGUAAGCCGGAGCCCGAGCUGAACGCUGCCAUUCCUUCCGCCAACCCGGCAAAGACCAUGCAGGGCAGCGAGGUUGUAAAUGUCUUAAAAUCCUUACUGACAAAUCUUGAUGGAGUCAAGAAGGAGCGAGAAGGACUUGAGAAUGACCUGAAAGCAGUGAAUUUUGAUAUGACAAGCAAGUUUUUAACAGCUCUGGCUCAGGACGGUGUGAUAAACGAAGAAGCUCUGUCUGUUACUGAACUGGAUCGAGUCUAUGGAGGUCUGACGUCGAAAGUGCAGGAGUCUCUGAAGAAGCAGGAGGGGCUUCUUAAAAGCAUUCAGGUCUCACACCAGGAAUUUUCAAAAAUGAAACAGUCUAACAAUGAAGCUAACUUAAGAGAAGAAGUUUUGAAGAAUUUAGCUGCUGCGUAUGACAGUUUCGUUGAACUUGUAGCUAAUUUGAAUGAGGGCACCAAGUUUUACAAUGAGCUGACUGAAAUACUGGUGAGGUUCCAGAACAAAUGCAGUGAUAUUGUGUUUGCACGGAAGACAGAAAGAGAUGAACUCUUAAAGGACUUGCAGCAGAGCAUUGCCCGAGAACCGAGUGCUCCGGCGAUUCCCACUCCUGCCUACCAGUCCUCCCCAGCAGGAGGCCAAGCGCCAACUCCCCCCACCCCAGCACCAAGAACCCUGCCGCCUUCCAAGCCUCAGCCCCCAGCCCGGCCCCCGCCUCCUGUACUUCCGGCCAACAGGACUCCUUCUGCCACUGCCCCAGCUCCUGGGGGUGCUGGUGUCCCGGCAGCCGCUCCGCCCCCAGCCCCCAGCUCAGCCCCUCCUCCGCAGGCCCAGGGGCCACCGUACCCCACCUACCCAGGGUAUCCCGGGUACUGUCAGAUGCCCAUGCCCAUGGGUUACAACCCGUACGCCUACGGCCAGUACAACAUGCCCUACCCGCCGGUGUACCACCAGAACCCCGGACAGGCUCCGUACCCGGGACCCCAGCAGCCAGCGUACCCCUUCCCUCAGCCCCCACAGCAGUCCUACUACCCACAGCAGUAAGCUCUCUGCUCGGAAGCUCAGCUGGUGCAGUGCAGAGGGAAAGAAAUGCCAACCCUGCAAGAAGUGUGCUGAACUCCAUGCUCUGCUGUGCUGACCGCGGUGUAGAAUUCUGUCUGUGGCUGAAAGCUUACAGCUGUGCCCCAGUUCCACAUUUGAUUGCACAUGUGAGAUUUGCUGCUGUCGCAGCAUAAACACUAAGUAUAAUAGGAUUUGAAAUAAAUUAAAGUUCCUAAAGGUUGAAAAUGAGAAGUUAAACCUGCAAGUGAAACAUUUGAAAUUACAAUUCUUUCUACAAAAGACGCGGUUGGACGUCAGAUACUUAUAAAGAUGGUUUAAGUACUGAUAUUCAAGAAAACUAAGUUUUCUUUCUCUUUUGGUUUAUUGAUUUAGUUUCAUUUUCAAUAUGCUAUUUUGAGUAAUCAAAGCAUUGUAAAUCUUAUAAUUUAAAAAAUAAAUUGCUUCAGAACA